AGGCGUCCGAUGAACGCAUUCAUAAUCUUCAGCAAACGUCAUCGGCCCUUGGUUCACCAAAAGUACCCAAAUCAGGACAACCGGACCGUCAGUAAGAUACUUGGCGAAUGGUGGUACUCGUUGAAAUCUCACGAGAAGAAAGAGUACCACGACCUCGCUAAUCAG